UCUCUCAUCUCAUCUCUUUCUUCCACUUUCUCUCGAUUCUUCUCCUUUCCUCUAUUUCUCCCACCACUCAUAACCACUGUACUUUCUCUUCCUUUCCGCGUAUAAGAAAAAAACCCUAGCUUGUUCCCCAAUUCUUCGCUUCGGCUGCUUCCUCUCUUCCUUUCCGCUCUGCCCUUUCCAAUUCGUCAUCUGGGCAUCCAUCUCCUGUUCGAUUCGGGUUUUUUGCUCCUGGGGUUUUCCAAAUUUACGAUCUUUUUCUCUUUUUGACUUCCGUUUAACCAUUGGUUCCCUAUUAUUCAGAUACAAGUAGCGCGGAAUUUAACUAUCCAAUUUUCUCCGACAUAAACCACAAAGAAGAAGAAGAAUUGAGAGAAAAAGAGAAAAGAUGGCGUCUGGCGGCGGAGAGGCGGAGAAAGUAGGAGAAAUCGGGUCCGAGCCGAAACCGAAAGCGUCGGAUUUAAGGAACAAGAGCGCCGGAGAACAAUACUUCAGGGCGGAUACGCUGGAUUUCAAGAAGUGGGAUUUGCAGUUGGAGCAGCAGCACCAGACCUCCGGCGUCGCCUGGUCCGAUGAGAAGGAACCCUCAGCGCCCGGGACGCAAGAAUGGGAGAUUGACUUGUCCAAGCUCCACAUUAAGCACGUCCUCGCUCACGGCACUUAUGGCACCGUCUAUCGCGGUGUCUACGACGGCCGAGACGUCGCAGUGAAGGUGUUGGACUGGGGAGAGGACGGUUUCGCCACGGCUGCUGAAACUGCCGCCCUCAGGGCCUCAUUCAAACAAGAAGUUGCUGUUUGGCAUAAGCUUGACCAUCCCAAUGUCACAAAGUUCAUCGGAGCUUCAAUGGGAACCUCCAAUCUGAAGAUCCCUUCUAGCGGCCGCGAGCAUCCGCUUCCAUCGAGGGCCUGUUGUGUUGUUGUGGAAUAUGUCCCCGGUGGCACGUUGAAGAAGUUCUUGAUCAGGAACUACAGGAAGAAACUCCCCAUCAAAGUUUUGAUGCAGCUUGCUCUGGAUCUUGCUAGAGGCCUGAGUUAUCUUCAUUCCAAAAAGAUCGUACAUAGGGACGUGAAGACGGAGAACAUGUUGUUAGAUACCAACAGGACACUGAAGAUUGCUGAUUUUGGCGUUGCUCGAGUUGAAGCUCAGAAUCCCAAAGACAUGACCGGAGAAACUGGAACCCUCGGGUACAUGGCCCCAGAAGUGCUGGACGGGAAGCCUUACAACAGGAAAUGCGAUGUAUACAGCUUUGGGAUAUGCAUGUGGGAAAUAUACUGUUGUGACAUGCCAUUCGCUGACUGGAGCUUUGCGGAGCUUUCUCACGCGGUUGUUCAUCAGAAUGUGAGACCGGAGAUUCCAAGGUGUUGUCCGAAUGCGGUGGGGAGCAUAAUGAAGAAAUGCUGGGACCCGAGUCCAGACAAGCGGCCGGAGAUGGAGGAGGUGGUGGGGCUCCUUGAGGCGGUGGACACCAGCAAAGGGGGCGGCAUGAUACCUCCCGACCAGUUUCAUGGCUGUGCCUGUUUCUUCAAGCCUCGUGGCCCCUGAUCCAGAUUCAUCGCCUGCUUUGAUAUAUUGGUAACAGGUUUUGUGCUUUUCUUUUCAACAAGAGAGUUGGAGCAAAAAUGCCUCUACGGUGUAAUGCCGUCUUCUUUCUAGCUCCUCAGAUCUCGCUUCCUGUCUGUGCGUAAUGCCGAAGCCGUGGGCUUUUCACUCCUUCAUCCCUCUGUCUCAGAAAGCGGACUAUGAUCGGUAUGUCAACAAGUGCAGGGGUGUUGUUUAGAUAAUAUUGUUAGGCCCCUCUCUAGUCUUCCCUUCCCACCAUAUGAUAUGUGUACAACUCUUUGUUCUUGUUUUUUUUUUGUUUCAUUAAAUGGAAAUAUAGAGCAGAAUAAUCUCA